AAGUAUCGAUCAAAGCUUAAAAACCGGGAAAUUAUCAAAACUCGAAUCAAACCGAACCAAACCAAAAAAUCGAUCGGUCGUCACGCACAUUUACCCUCCAAACUGCAUCUCUUUGUAUCGUCUCUCUCUCUCUGGCGAUUAUUAUCCAGAUUUUGCUGCAAUCAUAAACCUUCAAUCUCCGAGAAGAAAUGGAUCCGAUUGCUUCUGUUGUGGAGAAAGUGAAAAGCUUUGCGAAAUCGAGCCAAGACUUAGUCUCCCGCCACUUCUCCUUCCACGACAACCCUUCCCGCCAGAAUCCGAUUGAUAUCUUGAAGCGGUUGCAAAGAGAUGCAUUCUCUGAUCUGAUGAAGCUUAGAGACAGACAAGACAAAGUUGAGAAGAUACUUUCCUCAUAUAAAAGAGGUCCCUUUCAAGAGACUAGUAGCACUCAUGUGAAGGGUGAAGUUCAUGCCCUUGGAGCAAUGUUGCUGAUGGGAAACACUGAGGAGGAGAGUUUCAUUGGACUAGACAGACAAGGAGUGAGACCUGGAUUGCUUUCAAGGUUUAUGUUCGAGACGAGCCUUAGGGAGACGGAUAAGCUUGUGGCUGAGCUCGUUGCUGGAUACAAAGGGGAAGGAGAUGGUGUUGUUUCAGGGAAACAGCUUUCCUUAGCUAAGGUCUUUUACAAGGCAGAGGUUAAUGAUUGGUUCUCUGCUGUUGCUAUUCCCGUUGGCGCGCGUUUCAGAGACAUUGAUGAUGCUCUUGUGUCUUCUUACCUGGUAUCCACUUGUUGUUCUUGCUGUCUCUCUGAACCAUUUGUCUUACAACUACAUUUGUGUUUGCAGGGGAUGAAUCUUACGGAAGUUUCUGAACUUGGACCACCUCUUUUGAACCAACAUAGUGGUAGUGCCAUAGGAUUAACAGUCAGAAAGUCAAACGUGGCAGCUUCACUUGCCCAAUCCAUCACAAACCUUGAAGUUGAACAAGGUUUGAAUGCGAGGAGUCGUUGUCUGAGAACUUUUGGGCAAGUAACCUGCCACAUUCUGAGUGGUGUGAAACUAUCUCUACUGGGAUGUCACCAGAUUUUGUCACCUUCUAACAGCCUCCAUUACCCUGCUGGAGCCAUUACACUUCCAGUAAGUUUCCUAAGACGUCGUAUUGAUACAGAUCCUGAAUCAUCAGCACCGAUUCCGGAGAUGAGCAGAAGAAGCAUGGGUCAUGUGUCGUCUAGUUCCAUUGCUUUGAGGUUAGACUCUCUAAUGGACGAGUGUACGAGAAUUGGGGGAUGGGCUGAGAUUCAGAAGUCAAGAGAGAAGCAAGUGAAAUGGUCAGUGUCUAUUACAGACAAACCAGAGGAUGAAGUGGGGUGGGGCAUGAGCGUUGGGGGAGUCGUGGAUGGUUCAAGAAAUCAUGAUCAGUUUCAUGUGGAAUCUCAUCUCAAAUUCAACGUAGACAAUCGGUUUAUCUUAAGUCCUGGUCUUGUUUAUCUCGCUAAUAGUAACGGAAGAACCGUAGGUUUCAUGCUUCAGUCUCAUUGGUCUCUGUGAUUCUUAAUGCUAGUCUCAAGUUGACUAGUAACAUGUAAGUCCUUAUCAUAUUAAGAGCUUUGAUGACCAAUCACUUCUCAUUAACAUACAAACUUUAUAGCUUUGUUCUGUUGAAGUCAAGUCAACCCCC